AUGAAGUCUCGAGUCAUCAACAAGUUCUAUGAGCCCUUAGUCCUCCUCAAAGCAUUGAACGAUGAAAUGACAAACCUGGCCGAGUUUGUCGACCCAGAUGAUUUCAACUAUCGCGGAGACGUUAAGAAAAUCUUCCAGGCCUUUGUAUACAAGCUAGCUCAUGUUUGCGACAGUAUCCCGGGCAACGGGGGCGGCACUGUUACCUCAAUCAUGUUGCUCCGCGGUUCUGGGAGAGCAAAGGUUGAGUAUCACCUUGCAUCAAAUCAGCGAAGUCCCAAUGAUCUUGAGAAUAUUAGAUCAUACAUUCGACAUCUACUCGAGCGAGUUGAUAGGGCAUCAACGUCAGGAAACGUCUCGGAGCUGCGCAAGGACUUGCUCAACGCAGUGCUCUGGUUCAACAGACCUAGAAUCAAUUCAUAUAUUAGCAGACUCGAAACAGAAAUCCAGCUUUGCAUCGAUAAUAACCGAGAUGACCUGCACAAAUGUAAUAUCCUUCUUCACAAUCUGAUAAGCUUGAAAGCGUCGGAGGUUUGGGGUCACAUCGACCAACGAGCCACAGGAAUUCGUCUGGGUGGAGUAACAAGCAAUUCCUCUUCUUGUUGGCCCGAGACGCGACAUAUGGUUAACCGUCUUCUGUCAUACUGCAAGGAUAUCGAGUUUUUCAUUCUUGCAAAGGACAAUUGGCCUGAGAUAUUCCGUAACUUCGAAAUCUCGGCCUGUCCAUCAAGUCAGCCGCUCCCACGACCAGGACGGAACAAGAGUAUGACCGCCGAAAGCAUCGUCGGUCGCAUGACCCGCCAAGAACACCUCAUCGAAAGGUUUAGAGAAUGUGUUCAUGACCUGCAAAUCAUGCAUCUGGACCAAAGAAUUCAGACAGAAUACCAGAAAGACAACUUUCGCCCCAUUGUUCACUCAGAGAUCUUGCUUCUCAAUCACCUCGAGAAAACAGCCGGGAGUGUUUCGCCCGCCAGAUUCUUCAAGGAUUGGAUGUAUAUUGGUAGUAGCAAGCCCACCUGCAGGCUUUGCGAGUACUAUUUCGAGGAGCACCGGUCCGGCGUCGAGCACCGGAGCAGUCAUAAGAACCUUUACAUCUGCUGGCGCCUGCCUGAUGUCCUCCAAUCCGAAGGCGAUCUAGGAAAAGAAAGGCGACAAAUUAUGGUCGACAGAUUGCUUCAGAGAAUUCGGAAAGAUGCAUUCAAUCUAGUGGAGAAAAAGGUGAGGCCAACAUUUAGGAAUCACGAUUCCAUCACCUCAUCCGUCAGCAUGACUCUGCAGGGAAAUUGGAGCGACGCGUCCGACAUAUCGGAUGUCUUGUCUUCAAUGGGAAGCCUGAGAUUGAAUAACGACGAACACUCUGAGGGAUAAUUAAUGUAGAGAGUUAGGGACCUAAUUGGAUUAGCAAGGCAUCUUCGCGAAAUUUAGG